CACAUACAAAGCUGGUGCUGGGUCACUGCCUCUCCAAGCUCAAGGCAGAAUCAGGUUCCUGUAAUAGGGAAGAAUUCUGCUGACAAGAGCAUGAGUUCCUUCUUUGUGAUGUCUCUCCUCUUUGGCCUGAUUUUUGGACAAACAGCAUCACUCUGUGCUCCUUCUGAGUACACAAUCCACGUGGAGAAACGGGAAUGUGCCUAUUGCCUGGCCAUCAACACCACCAUCUGCGCUGGAUUCUGCAUGACUCGGGACAGCAAUGGCAAGAAGCUGCUGCUCAAGAGUGCUCUGUCCCAGAACGUGUGCACGUACAAAGAGAUGCUGUACCGGACAGCGCUGAUCCCAGGCUGCCCUCACCACACCAUCCCCUAUUACUCCUACCCCGUGGCUGUGAGCUGCAAGUGUGGCAAGUGCAACACUGACUACAGUGACUGUGUCCGUGAGAGGGUCAGGACAAACUACUGCACUAAGCCACAGAAGCUCUGUAACCUGUAAAGCUUUCAGUGGGCUGCAGGAGAAAUGUACUGCUCUGCUCACACCCGAACUGAAAUAAAAGUGAAUUUCAUAUUUGGUUUGCAAA